GUGACUACACUGCUCCCAAAAGUGAAUCAGUGAAGUCUCUCCAGCCAGUGAGCUGCUGCUCUGUGCCAGGAUAGUUAUCCAAAUUUAAUUUCUUUUGGAUUUUCUUUGUAUUAUUUCUCGAAUCCGUUUGUGUAUGUAUGUGUGUGUGUGUAUAUAUAUUCGGGCUCUAACGCUUGACGGAUUGGUUUGGUUACGCACAAGGAAUGUUUCUGUUGUUCGGGUCUCAGCAGUUCGGCAUUGGUCUCUGAUGGAACAAGACACAGCCUUUCUGUGCCCGUUUGUUUUUGGAUACAGCGCAGAUCACAGAUACCUGGGAAUGCAGUGAUCAAUGUAGGACAUAUGUAACAAGUGCUCAAACCAUUCGGAGGGUCUUGCCACAGGGUAUCAAGACAAGGAAAAGCUGUUGUAAAUGGAUCGCCAUUCCAGCCUUGUUUCUCUCUGGUUUCAGCUGGAACUUUGUGCGAUGGCUGUUCUUCUCACUAAAGGAGAGAUCAGGUGCUACUGUGACGCACCACACUGUGUUGCCACUGGAUACAUGUGUAAAUCAGAGCUCAACGCUUGCUUUACGAAGGUCCUGGACCCACUUAACACAAACUCGCCUCUAACACACGGCUGUGUAGAUUUGCUAGUAAACUCAGCAGAAGUGUGCUCCAGGAAAAAUGUGGAUGUUUCCAGCAGAAGCGCCUCUCCUGUAGAGUGUUGCCAUGAUGAUAUGUGUAACUACAGAGGUUUGCAUGACCUCACGCACCCUCGAGGUGAUUCGACAGACCGAUACUACAGCUCCAAUCAGAACCUGAUCACAAGGGUUCAAGAGUUAGCAUCCGCUAAAGAGGUGUGGUUCCGGGCGGCAGUGAUAGCGGUUCCCAUCGCGGGUGGGCUUAUCCUGGUUCUGCUGAUUAUGCUGGCUUUGCGAAUGCUUCGUAGUGAAAACAAGCGUCUCCAGGCCCAGCGCCAACAGAUGCUGUCUCGCCUGCAUUACAGUUUUCAUGGACACCACCAUGCCAAGAAAGGCCAUAUGGCCAAGUUGGACUUGGAGUGCAUGGUGCCGGUAACAGGACAUGAGAACUGCUGUCUGGGCCGUGAUAAGCUGCGGCAGACGGAGCUGUGCACAGGAGGAGGAAGCGGAGGCGAACGUCUCCUAUCUCUAGUGCACUGGGGGAUGUACACGGGACAUGGCAAGCUGGAGUUCGUAUGACUACUCGGAGCUUCCUUGUUAGGGCACAAAAGGGUAACUGUGUAGUUUGCUGUCAUAAUUUUAUUAUCGUCCUGCUCGGCGUGUUAUUUUAUUGUCUCCAUGGAGAGCGAAGAAAUUUCAAGGAAACAAAUCUUUGUGUUUUCUCAAAAGAGCACUUUACUUGAAUUAGAUUGGCCCGUCACUGUGGGGCUGUGGUGAAUAUGAAAGGGGUGGGGCUAAGGACUACAAACUCCACCCCUUCCCCACCAAGCCGUGUCCUGUGGAUCCUGGAAUGACACUGAAGACUGAAGGAUUCGUAAAGACGUUCUUAUUUUGCACAUUUGUAUAAAACGGACUAGAUGACUAUGGGUUGGUUGGAAAGUUGCAUUCGAAGUGGCUUUUUUGAAGAAUUUUACACUGACACCAGGGUACAAAUAAAGUUUGUUGUAGUCAAAUUGUAUGAAUAAAGGAUCCAAUCUUGACUGUAACAAAUCACAUGCCUCUGCUUAUGAUUUCAUUAAUCAAACACAUUUGUGUAAUUGUGUUUUUACCUCUAUUCAGCUCUGUGUGUGUGUUUUUGAGUGAGGAAGGUCAGUCAGUAGCAGGGAAACUGACACAGGGGCCUUGUUGUAAAGUAGUGCCCUUCAUCUGACUGCGUCAUCUCUGAAACCCCUCCAAAAGGGACACAUUACAUCUCUCUGGGUCUCUCGGCUGCUCUCUUGGGAUUAAUACUGGAGGUAGAGUGAGUAUUUAUUUAGUAAGUGAGGGAAUGUCAGUAAGCUGUGAGUUCAGAGUCCUUCGCCUGCACUCGCUGAAUACAGUAAUUCCCUUGUAUGCACUCUGGCUUGACUUUGCAAUCCACAAAUCACAGGCAGAUUUGAGAACUGUGAAACUUUUUUUGACCUACUUUGGAAAAAGUGCUUGCAGUUUUACACACUAAAGUGUCCUUAAGACCAGCAGGAACUGUUAACAUUCCUCUGUGAUAUAGUUCAUUGCAGUAGAUGUGUACAGCAUAGGCUCCAUAUGACAGCUUCCUCUCUUAUUCAGAGGAUUGUUGGUGAAAUCGGCUCCUCAAGGUGGAAAAGAAGCAAAUAAUAGUGAAAAUAUUUUAUCUCUUGUGCUGAAAAUUCACAAAAAAAGGUUUGAGUUUGAAGUAAAAUAGUGUUCAAAAAUGAAGACAAAGUAAUUGCGACACUUGGUUGUAAAACAUUAGUGGGACAUGCAUAGUUAAAGACGCCUGGGAAACACUUGGAAAUCUUUUAGUUAAAAGUCAUCGCAAUAUUGGCUUUGAAAAGUGAACGUAGUUCUAACAAAAUAAUUUGCUGAACCACAGAACUUAAGUAUAAUGCAAUAUAAUUCCUUGAUUUUAAAGAUGAAUUAAUUAGGAUUAACGUUUAAAAAUAUCAAGUCAGGUUUAUUUGUAGUGUGUUUAUACAAUACACAUGGUUUCAAAGCAACUUUACAGAAAGGGAUAUUGUAAUAGAAAGCUAUACUGUAGUUUAAACAAAAGAUUUAAAACACAUUCCUUCAGAAAGCUCUAUAUAACAAAGCCGUAAAGACAUGAUAAUAUAGUACACUGAACUUACACAUUGUCCUGUCUGCAGCUUCCUCUCACACCUGCUUUCUCUCUCUCUCUCUCUCUCCCAUGUGUCUGACCUUGCUGUAUAUCGGGACCCCAGGAAGACGCCAUUAGCUGGCGGACCACUUAACAGGCACUAGCAUUUGUGAGUUUAGCCUCCCCCUGGACUAUUAGCACUUGGUUAAUGAUAACAAAAGCCUGAGAGUUUGGACGAGCUAAUGAUCUCAUCGUGUUCUCAGCUUCACUCUGGCCAAUCACCUGCUUCUGAGACGAAAUGUGCUUUACUUAAAUCUGUCUCCAAAUAAUUCACUUAAAUUUUAUUCAUUUAUUAAACCUUUUGUCCCCAUCUUAAUGUUUUUUCCCCACUUUUUAUAAUUUUUAAUCUGUGACUACAGAGUGCUUUGAAUGAGAUGCUGCAAUGCAUUUUGU